UUCAGAAAACAACUCUUCAGUUUCUUGCUCUUUGCAAACUUUGCAUCCACUGUCUUGAUAAUGGUGAUUUGCAAACACCCUUAAAGAAGCGAUCCCAUAGCCUUGAAAGUCUGCACUGUCUCGGGAUUGAAGACAUGAAAACAUGAAAGAAUGUUCAGGCAGUCAUCAAAUCGUUGUUCUACGUUUUGCUUCAAUGCAGUGAUGUAUUUCUCAUCCAAGGUCAAAAUAACUCUCUAAUUCUGGUCACUGAGGGUCAUGCCCACAUGGCCAAGUCUUCAUUCAAAUCCUGCUCUAGAUCAUCUAAGAACUGAUGUGAACCCUUCAAUGAUGUCAGCUGAGUCUGAGUGUAGUCAAGGAUAGGUUUAACUCGUCCAAAGUUAAGAUCACUUGAUUGAAAUGUCUUGCCAAGUUCAGUUAAGAUUGGCAAAACUUUAGUGAACAUGUAAAUUGCCCCAAUAAACUUGGAAGUCUUGGCCUUCUUGUGAAGACCUAAAGCUAAAGGGUCCUUCUCAAGAAACUGGAAUGGUUAAAGCAGUGCCUCAAAAGUUUUGUGAACAUUGGUUACAGACUGAUGUAAUGAUAACCAGCGAGUGCGGCAAGCGUUCUGUAUCUUUGUUACCACUACUUGUUUCCCUUUGGCAGAUAAAUGGAGCUUUGAUAAUUGCAUUUGAAUGGAAACGAAAGCAUUGGUCCUCUUCGGAGAAUUCUGAAAGAAUCGCGCAAGUACUCGUUAGGGUGGUUUCAACAUCUUUGAUGUAAUUUAUCUGAUCUCCACUGUCUCCACAUGCCAGAGCCAGUUUUGGCAUAUACAGCGAAAAUUGACAAUUGACUGGUGGAGACGCUUAAGACGGGCAGCUACACCAUUUCUCUCCCCUACCAUUACAUUUGCCUCAUCACGUACAAAUGACUUAAGAUUCUCUAUGAACAACUCGCCUUUCUCUAAUACUUCCACAAGCUUCUUUGUUAAAGCAUCAGCUGUUACUCCUUGGGAAUCUCACACAGGUUCGAUUGCAAGAAAUUUAGUUUUUUUUUGUGUAGUCGCACUGAGGGCUACCGUUCCUAACUGUUGUUUUUGGUGGUUAAUAGAAUCAUUCUUAAGGCAUAGUAAACAGUACAUACCAUAAUUCUCCUGGUAGCAAAGCCACCAGAGACCUGUUGCAGCAUCAUUAGAAAGAGUUCGGUCAGCUAACCAACAGUGAAUGAACGCCCCUUUGGUGGUCUUGGAACUCACAGAGGUGCAUUUCCCAUAAUACAGGAAAUAGUUGUGCAAUUUGAGCUCCUGAGACAAAAUAUCGUUGAAAACAGUGCUUAUCUCCUCACGUCCUCUCUCCAAGGAGAUGGCAUCUUCUUCUUUAGAAGGUAGUUGGGAAGUUGUUGUAGAUGAUGUUGCUUCAGUAUCAACCAUUUAUUCUCUUAGUUUUCUUGGCCGGAAGCGUAGCAGUGUCGUUAUCACAAUUUUCAGGGGGAUUACUGUCUUGAUUGUCGGUAUCCAUGGCUUGUAGCGUAUCAUCGAUAUUCGCAGCUUCUAGUGUUGGAAAAAAGCUGUUUAAAGUCCUUUGAUUCGUUAUUUUCCUUCUUGGGAGCGGACAUUUCACAGCUACAGUCAACUCUGUCUAAGACGGACACCUUUGGGACCGGCAUUAAGUGUCCGUCUUAUAGAGAGUCAAAUAAAGGGAGUAAAGAAACGCAGGGACCAACUCUAAGUGUCCGUUUUACAGAGGUGUCCGUUAAGAGAGAGUCAACUGUAGAAGCAACAUUGGCUCUUCAAAAUAAGCUCAUGUGGCUGAAUGUAAAAUCCCAUGUUGUCCAAACCUCGCUGUCACGAGCAAUGAUUACAGAACAUAACUAGAUUUAUCCUUGUAAUGAAUAAAAAAAUUCCUAAAUGAAACAAAAAGGUCCUGAUAUUGGGUCGGUCGGGCGGAUUGGAAAAAAAAAAACAAAAAGAAAAAUAAUCACAAGAAGUCUCGGAAUAGGAGGCCCUGGUACCUUAGGAUGACCUUAAAAGUUAACAGUCACAUAUUUGGAUUAACAAAGUGCACAAUAUACCGUAAAAACGUUCCUGUUUUUGUUCCUUUUUUUCUCUAUGCUGUUACUAUGCUCAUUUUUCAGAUUAAAAGAAUUAUUUCAAGUUAAAAAUGGUUUAACUACGUCAUUACUUUUUUUUAUUAUUAUUCGGAAUGGCCGGUGAUUUUUUUCGGCUGACGGCUUCUAUCUACAUCCCUGCCAUAAGAUUUAACAAGUUAAUGUUUCUGCAGGCUCACAAGGUAAAAAAAUGUUUCAGGUCUUCCAAAUAGCUUUGAGAGUAAAACUAUUGCAUGUAGUGUAAGAAGAACUGGUCUCCUCACUUUUUUGGCUUAUUACAAUAUUAUGUAUCUUUUUUUCAGGAUAAAUGGUAUGUUCGACCAAAGGGAGUUGAUAAUGUUUACACUGUAGGCUUAAUCCUGUUCAGGGACUUGGUUAGUUUUUUUGUUGAUAUCAUUCCUCAUACCCAUGAUACCAAUACAUAUAGAUUUUGAAACUUUUUGGAGUUGUUUUGUCAGUUUGUGGUGGUUUCUGUUUCAGUAUAAAUGGCUGCAUAAAAAUAUCUUUUGUUUUAUUGUUGUUUGUGUCCUAUUUAAGGUUGUACAGUAUGAUACAAUUAGAGAUCAUCUCUGUCAGACUUUGCUAACACUGGUGAGAAGCGAGCGUACAGGAGAAGCGGCUGUGGAUAGGUACAGUAUACACUAUAUAUUACCAGUGUAUGGUAGCCUCAUACAAAAAUGCCUUAAACUGCUGCUUAUAAACUCUGGGCUUAUGCAUUUUCGUAAGGGGUUUUAGGAGGGUCUAUAAAUGGAGGGACUUAUAUCUGUGAGGGCCUAUAAAUGGUGGGGCUUUCAUAUGAGGGGGCCUAUAAAUGGAGAGGCUUAUAUCUGGGGGGCAUAAAUGGAGGGGCUUGUAUCUGAGGGGCCUAUAAAUGGAGGGGCUUAUAUCUGGGGGGGCCUAUAAAUGGAGGGGCCUAUAUAUGAGGGGGCCCAUAAAUGGAGGGGUUUAUAUCUGUGAGGGCCUAUAAAUGGAGGGGCUUAUAUCUGAGGGGGCCUAUGACCGGAAUAGAAAAAGUGCUAUAACAAGAUAUAGCGGUGCUGAUCAAAAUAUUUUUUGCAUUUAUUGGUUUUAAAUCAAGCUUCAAAGCAUCGUAAUAAAUUGACGUCAUUUCAAUAAAUUUGAAACAGAAGCUUCAUGUAAGGAAGGCUCAUAAACUGGGCCUGUAACUGGGGGGGCUUAUAAGCGGAAGUUUACAGUAACAACAUCAAGUUUGAGAACCCAAACAAACCAGUUACCCUGUAUUAAUACAGAACCUUUCAAAGCAAGUUGUAUAAAAUAAUGGACUGUAUUUUGAGUGUUCUUUAGCUUUUUAAUUGUUGUAUUUCAUUUAUUAGUCUCGCUUGCGCAAGCAGCAAGACUCAUAAUCUGCAACGCGUUUUUCGCCCCAGGGUGAGGGUAGUCCCUCAUAUAGGCUAUGUAGGUAUGUGCCGCGCCAAAGGGUAUGUUUUUUUAGCCGUUUUGGUCUGAAAUAGGGUAUCUAUUUCGACCAUUUUGGUCUGAAAUAGGGUAUGGUUUGUGCACUCUAGUCUUGAAUGGGGUAUGAUUUUUAGAAGAAUUAGCUACUUCUUCAUCAUUUGGCGAUAAGACCAUUUCCCUUUUAAUGUUUACGCCAACUACCGUGUACUCCAGUCACGCGCCGGGCUCCAGGGCCUAUUUCAGGCCUGAAAUAGGUUAGGGAAAAUCACAGAUUUUGGUCUGAAAUACGGUAAGGGUUUUAGGAAGCGUGCCGCACACCCCCACCCGAUUUUUCUAGAAGUACCGCCCCCCCCCAGAAUUUUUGUUCGUACUUAGGACACAAAGGGAGCUCAUUGUGGCAGGCGUUCCUUGCGAAGACCGUGGAAACUGGGACUAAGAAUCGUUGCGUGAUCGAAGCCACGCAUGUUUUGCGAAGAAAGCUAAGGAAAGAUUAAAUUUGGAGCAUUUCCGAAACGUGUCGGGCCACGAAUUCUAUCGCUUGAAAGCGUUUAUUACUUUGGAAUAAGUGAACACUACAGAGUGUUGGAAAAAAAAUAAGAAUCUUAAUUAGCAAAGUUGCGAUGGUCAGGUGUUGUAAACUUUCACUGUAUGCAAAUGGCUCUUGUGAUGAUCAUGCGAUUUAUUUUCGGCGAUGAUUGAAAUGACGUGCCAUGUAAAUCACUUUUUUGAUAUCUGGCAAUGAUGUAAUUUCUUAAUCGAGGCCCUUGAAUUUUCAUGUAUUUAUACACGUGUAUAGCCUGCUACCGCAGAGGUAUUUCUGGUCGCCGCUAACACGCGUACUAAAUCAAUUCAGACACAAAUAACAAGUAUUGACGUCGAUAAAAUAGGAAGUAAAAAACCUUUAGCGAGUGAAUCGUGUUUCUUGUAGAAUUAAUCGUCUCCUCAUUUCUCGAUCUAAUCUCCAAGCAGGCGACACUGAAUGCCUCUGUAAGCGCGUUCUUAUUUUUUGUAAAAAUGGGUAUGUAUUUGUUCCUUUAUAAUAAUCGAUUUAAAGAAAGAUUUAAAGUGAAAGUUAGGUUACAAAAAUUUAAUACACAACCGUUGGUAACUGAUGUUGUCAGCCAUUUGAAUUUCACCACUUGCAUUUCCUUUUUUGCGCUUUUUUUUUUCAUUUUGUUCAACUCAUUUGCUUUGUUCUUUUUCAGGAUGGCAUUAAAGACAUCUUGUCAGAUGUUGAUGAUCUUGGGAAUCGACUCAAGGACUUUUUAUGAAGAGGUCUUUGAGAAACCUUUCUUGGAAGAAUCUGCUGAAUUUUACAAAGUAAGAAUGCUAGACGUGUGUGAAUGUAAUGUGAAAACAAGCAGUAGUUUAACAGUUUAAUAAGGCAUACAAGGCAAAUAGGCCUUAUGUUGUGCUCAAAUUAAAUUUCCUACAGCUCAUUCUUAGAGUUGUAAAGCAGAUCAAAGUGCAAAUACAGGGUUUUCAUUAAGAAUGCUUUUACGAAUUUUAGUACAGUAAAACCCACAACUAAGAACCUAAAAAUUAAGAACUUGGUCAUUUAUACCCGUUAUAAACAAGAACCUAUUUAGCCUAAGAAAUUUAAAACAGGUUCUUAUUUUCUAAAAUCAUACUAGUACAUUACAGCUGCAUUGCAAGAAUCAUAUUUGAAGCAAAAAAAGUAGAUUGCCAUUGUUGUAAAAAUGUUUUUUAAAGAAAAAUGAGUGCGAGAUAUGUAGACUUACAAAGCAUACUAACUACUUUUUCUCCAGGAUUAAGAACCCAUUUUAAGAACCUAAAUAGCCUGAAAUUCUGUUGACUACCAUUUAUAUAAGAACCUGUUUAGGCUAACUCCUAAAAAUGUAGUUUCUUAGUUGCGGGUUUUUACUGUAGUAGGAGAAAGGUGUAACGUUGCAGGAGAAUAAUUUGAGAGAGGCUCCACGUCUGAAUAAAAAAUAGUCGUAGGCUAUCGAACGUUAGCGAGAGAAUUCUGUGUAGUUAACGGAGUAUUCUCCGAACUCUGAUGCCUAAUUAACACCCUGAAAUAUUGUUGUUCAGUUUUAUUAUUAGUUUAACUUCUAUUUUACUUUGUUUUAAGGUGGCUCGACCCAGUAUUUUUGUAAGUACACCGUCCAUCUUUGAAUAUUUUAGACUGGAACAAAUUUAUCUUUAUUGUAAAACCAUUAUAACACAUGUAUUACAGAUAGACUAAACUUUAUUACGAUAUUAUGUUUUGGGCGAUCAGAAUAAAUAUCAUUUGACAAUGACCUCCCAAUAGCUUUAGCUCUAAAUCGAAUUGCAGCCCUAACAGUCUAGAAGAGAAAUUUCAAGAUGUCUUGGAAUUUCUACAAAAAGGGUAUAAAUUCUUAUUUUAUUUUAUUUACCAGCUUUUCUGGACACAGGCCUACCCAGAGGGAAUGUGCAUAAAUGGGACUCAGGUCUCAUGCGAGGUACCAUCCCUACCCAAUCCCACAACCCGUCAAGGUUGACCACACCACCGGAAUCUACGACCCCUACUCUUUUUGAGGAACUGAUGUGGGUUCUUUUUUCGUCCCACAAGAACAAAUCAGUGAAAGUGUUGUGAGAUGGAACCUGCAGUUUUUCGUUCUUAUCCGAGAAGACUAGAAAGUCUAACCAUUUGCAGAUGUCAUUACAAAGGCCUAGCACUUUCUUCUCAGUUAUUUAAAGACCCUGAGUGUUGUUCCGGCCUGGGUUUGAACCCGCGACCUCCAGCUCAGCAGACCGGCGCUCUCCCAACUGAGCUAACCAGGCAACGGUAAAUUAUGCAUGAACUGAAGGCUGGACUUAUUGCAGACUUAUUGCAGGUUUUGGAUGUUUCCGAAAAGUUUCUAUCACUCAUUCGUUUCGUAAAUCACCUUUAUAUACUCUACAACCGGCUAAAUGCAAGUAGACUUACAUGAUUUCAAAAAACACAAAAACAUCAUGAAUCAGGGUAAAAUGCAAUGCUGAGCUCUUUUUGUAAUUUCAAAGGCUAAUUUCACGAAAAUCGUGAUUAAACCAAAAUGCGUCCGUAGAUUUUCUUUAAAAAUUUUCAGUGCUACAAUCGAUCAGUGUUCUUUAAAACCUCUGAAUUUCAUGUCCAUUGAAAAUUUUUAAAGUUGCCUAACGCAGGCGCAAAAUUGAGCAAAUCAAAGCGAUGUCAUAGACCUCUGGGAUUUCCUUUUGUCUCAAGUUUAACACAACAUCGAAUUCUCAUGCAGCACGCGAGAAUUUACCUCGUUUGGUUGCCCUUUGUAAUCUAUUUACUAUUGUUUUCUUUCUUUCUACAACAUUACCAUAUUUCGGAAAGAUUUCAGAGGGUAACUAGGUGCGGUAAAUUCUCGCGUGCUGCAUGGGAAUUUGAUGUUAUGCUAAACUCGAGAUAAUAGGAAAUCACAAAACAAAAACAUUUUCAACAACUCUGACAUCGCUUUAAUAUUUACUCAAAUUUGCGCCUACGUUAGACAACUUAAAAAGUUUUCAAUGGACACGAAACUUGGGGAUUUUAUAGUACACUGAUCAAUUGCAGCAUUGAGAAUUUUUAAAGAAAGUCUAUCAACGAAUUUUGGUUUAAUCGCUGUCUUCAUGAAAUUAGCCUUUGAAAUUACAAAAAGAGCUCAGCAUUUACAUGUUACACAUGUUUUUAUGUUUUUCGAAAUUGUGCAAGUCUACUUGCGCUUAGCCGGUUGAAGAGUGUAUGAGGGUCCUUUACAAAACGAACUAGUGAUAACAACUUUUCAGAAACAUCUAAAAACUAGCAGAUUUGUCUGCCUUAAGUCCAGUCUUCAGUUCAUGCAUAAUUUAUGUCCUUUUUGCGAAACUUCGACCAACAGAAUAUAAGGACCCAAAGUAUAGGUAGCGUCAAGCAUUUCUAAAGAAAAUGCCAAUAAGGGCUGCAAUUCGAUUUAAAGCUAAAACUAUUGUGACGUCAUUGCCACAUGAUGUUUAUUCUGAUCGCCCAAAAAAUUAUAUCAUAAUAAAGUUUAGUCUAUCUGUAAUACAUGUGUUAUAAUGGUUUUACAAUAAAGAUAAAUUUGUUUAAGUCUAAGAGACUCAAAGAUGGAAGGUGUACCUACAAUGAUACUGGGUCAAGCCACCUUAAACUCAUUAUCAUUCAUCACCAUACAAUUUAGACAAAAUGGGACGUAAACAGUGUAGUCUACUUGUUGCAUUGCUGUAUCUAUGUGUUGAUGUACUCGCCAAAGUGACAGCAAGUUUGUUGAUCAACACGUUCAUGAUCUUCUUUUUCAGACGUGUUUCUUAUUGUCAGUGAAAGAAACUUGUUACUUCAGUUGUUGUUUAUUGACUUCACUGUGCUUGUUUGUGUUAACAGUUAGAGGGUCAGAGGUUUCUCGCAGAAAACAGUGCAUCAGUUUAUAUGCAGAAGGUCUGUUAGUCUGAAUAAUUAUUUAAAUGAGCAAAAAUUAAAUGUACUGUUUAUCUUUAGUUAGCUGCAGUUUGAAAAAAAACAACAACUAUGUUUCAACUUUCAAUAUCCAUCCUACAGGUAGAAGCUAGAAUAAAUGAGGAGUCCGAGAGAGCAAAGCGUUACCUUAAUCCUACAACUGAAGAGCUCAUUGUUAAGGUAAAAAUAUAUAUUUUGUGUCUGGACAGAAUGAAAUAUUGCCUUUCUUAGUGCCAGUGACACUUUAUUUGAUCAACAGUUAUGUAAAUAAUUAACAAUUAAUGAAUGAGGCUGAGUAUCUUAAUAUGGAGAUCGAGGAGGGUGUUAUCCGUCGAAGCCGUAGGCCAAGGCAGAUGACCCCCCUCCGAGAUCUGCAUAAUUGUUCUUAUGAUACGAAAGCCGAAUUCAAUAAUUGUGUUCUUAUUCAUUCAAAAUAAUUCCUAGUUUAAAAACAUGGCUAAAACAUGCUUACCUCCAUCGAUGCAUCGAUGUUAAGCUUCAUCUUCGAUAGUGCACAUUUAGGGUUGUUCAGCUCUGCAAAUAUUCUCCAAAUAGCAGAUGUCGCCCUUUGAGUUGUCUUCUUGCUGUUCUUGCCAUGUUUUUAGCUGUAUUUUCACCUAGUUCGUACUCUUGAAACGAACAUUUUUCAAGUUCACAACCAAAACAACUCAACCUCGUCCCCAGGUCUUCUCGGUUAACGGUGCAUUAACCUGCAAAAACGCUGCAUUUUUGACGUCAUUUCCUCGGUAAGCACAAAAUUCUUCCAAAUUUGGUCAUCAGUAAAUGGUUAUGGUGAAUUAAACGUUUGCUUUUAGCCAAUCAGAAUCGGGGAAAUAUAAGUCAAACCAGUUAGUCAUCUGACUAUUUUUGUCAAUAUUUCACAAAAUAGAAAAAAAAAUAGUCUGUCAAACCACUAACUUCAAGAGAAUUUACCUGUAAUGAGAUAAUUUUUAAUUUUCUCAGAAAUGUCGAACAGUGCUGUAAGUUUGUUUCAUGCAGGUUGUUGAAGAGGAAUUGCAGAUCCACAAGCACAUGAAGGCAGUGGUUGAAAUGGAGAAUUCUGGUGUUAUUCACAUGCUCAAGCACAAUAAAAUGGAAGGUUUGUUGAAAGGUCUGGUAAUAGCAGGAAUAAUAGGGACCUUAAGCAACGAGAACGUUGACGUCCCGGACGUCAAAAAUGGCAACAGGAAGUUGAUAGUUUCUCUCUUUCAGUGUCUUGCCUCGACAAAUUCGUACAGCGGGAGUGAAAACAAAGGCAUUCAGAUUCGUUGUGUGAGACGUAAGUACUCCAUCAAGCGAUACAUGGAACUUCCAGUUGCUAUUCAUGACGUCCGGGACUUCAGCGUUCUCAUUGCUUACGCUCACUAAUGAAGCUUAUGCUCCUUUAUGAAAAGUACGUUUUAUUUUUUUCUGGCAAAUAAAAGUAACAUUGUUUAGAGACGAUUAAGAAAUUUGGAGGAGGGGGAAGGGGAGAGGAUGAGAGGGUAGGGCAGGGCAGGAUGCCAAUCCCCUCCUCCACUUUGAAAAUUGUUGCAUCAUCUCUGGAAACAUUGUACAGUAGGUCAAAUACAUGUGUAAAUGGAGAACUUUUUUAAAAAUUUGUUGUAUCUGUGAAUCUUUCUAUUAACAUACGUCUUGCUCUAUUUGUGUAGAUUUGGCCAGAAUGCACCGUCUCUUCACCAGAGUUAAAGAUGGGCUAAAGACAGUGUGUCACUGUAUGAGGGGGUACCUAGGUGAACAAGGAAAAGCUCUUGUUAUAGAGGAAGAAGGGGAGAGUUGUAAAAAUCCUAUCACUUACAUUCAG